AUGUUCCGCUCAAAUGAGCACCUCGUCAAGAUACAGCGUCUGGGCUUAGAGUUCAGGCCUAUGCCAAUUCAUCAAGUCAUCAACUGGACCUUGCAGAUCAACACAUAUCGCCCAAAAUUACGAGAGCCUAUCGCUUACCUGAUCAAGCAACCUUAUUGGUUCGCAGUUGGCCUCAAUCCUCAUGAUCUCCUCGAUAUCGACGCCCCAUGGAGUAUCAGCGAUGCAGGCGACCUUCUCGGUUGCGAUUAUGCAGGAAUUGUGGAAGAAGUCGGUUCUGCCGUCAUCAGGAACUUAAAAAAAGGAGAUCGAGUAUGUGGAUGCACGAGACCUAAUCCUCUGCAGCCUGAUUGGGGAACUUUUGCGGAGUAUGUUAUUGUUGUUGGGGAUAUGCAGUUGCAUAUUCCUGAUGAGAUGAGUUUUGAAGAUGCGGCUUCGCUUGGAGUUAGUAUCUUGACGGCGGGUGCUGUUUUGUAUGAUACCUUGGGUUUCAAAACGCCUCCAGAUGGCAACGAGGCUAGAUGCCAGAUUCUCAUCUACGGAGGAAGUACGUCAACCGGUAGAAUGAUGAUUCAGUUCGCAAAACUCUCGAAUUUCGAAAUCAUCACCACGUCUUCACCCUCAAGCUUCUCCCUCCUCAAAUCUCUCGGUGUAGACCACGUCUUCGACUACAACUCAUCCAGCUCUCCUUCCUCCAUCCUUGCCCUGACCAACUCCACUCUUGGUCUCUGCAUCGAUUGCUUCUCUCAACAAAGCAGUUACGAGUUCUGUUCUGCAAUUCUCGCAAAAUGUGCAACAUACGUCAGUAUCACACCUAUGAUCAAGGUCGAUCGCCAGGAUUUGGUGUUCAAGGUCUGCAUGUGAGUUUUGUACUUUAAUGCGCCGUUCUUGAUUCAGGGACAGAAGUUAGAGGCGACAGAGGGGCCUUUGAUAGUGCAGUCAGAUUUGCGGAGUUUGCAAAGGGCAUGUUGAAGAGUGGUGAGGUGAAGUGUCAUCCGAAUGAGGUGCGUGGUGGUGGGCUAGAAGGAGUCUUGGAAGGAAUUCAGGAGAUGAGGGAAAGGAAGGUGGCUGGGAAAAAAUUGGUUUAUGGUGUUGAGAAGUAG